AUGAACAACUUUACAGUCAGUGGUACGCAUACCACGCACCUGUACACCGGGUUUACAACUCAACCUUUCUUCCCAAGCAAAACUCUUCUCUGGACCAUCGUUACGUACUCUUUACAAAUUCUUCUGAGAUGUUUAGAUUAUGUUUAUACAUCAAUGACAGUUUGGAAGCUCGCCGUCAUCUUACUAGCGAUUGGAAUUUCAAGACUCUGCCAUUAAUUUGGCAUUUACGUAUCGUCAACGCCUUUCGAUUCUGUCUUCGCUCACAGCGACCAAAAGUAAAAAUGUGGACCACAUUCAAAUUUUCCAGCCCUUGAUCACUGAGUCACAUGCUCCCUUGAUGGAGAUUGACUUGAAUCUCCACAAAAGUAACAGUUCCUACUUUUCAGAUGCCGAUGUAGCUCGAACACACUUGUUUUGUACGCUAUUCUCCGAAGCUAUCGAACAGAUGAGAGGUGGAACAGAGGCAGUCACAGGAUCGAAGGGACCUGUUUUCGGCAUUGCUUUGGGAGCAGUAAAUUGCAAUUUUAAGAAGGAACUCAAGCCUUACGAAUCAUAUGAGAUGUGGACAAGAAUUCUAUCGUGGGACGAAAAAUGGAUAUGGACUGUCACACAUUUUGUUCGAAAGGAUGCAUCAAAACCAAAGUCAUAUACCCUUUAUCCACAACAGAAAUCGGAUGAAGAAGAUGAAAAACGCAAGGAAUUGGAUCCAAGAGCUGGUGUCGUAGCAUCCUCGCUUGGCAAAUGUGUUUUCAAGCAAGGUCGCAAAACAAUCAGUCCUGAAUUUAUGAUGAAGGCUUCUGGACUACUUCCGGAUGAUCUUCAGAAUAAUGAAAUGGAUGCGCAAUUGAAUGAAGAAAUCAAAUCAGGCAACUUUGGAAAAUGGACACAUGCAAAGAUCGAGGAAGAGAGAUUGCGGGGAAAGAAAAUUGCAGACACUUUGUCUGUAGAGAGCCAACAGGAGUUGGAGGCAUCAUUCACUGGUGAAUCUGAGGCAUUAGGAAGACAUACUGAUGGUACUGGCUUAGUUGGUGUUUUAUCUACUCUUGCUCAAUUGGCGGGGCUGAAGAAAAAACCAAAUCUUAUGAGCUACCAGCGCUCAUGUGUUCUGGAUAUAAGGUUUUCAUUGCUGUCUGUACAUAUUAUAAUUUUUAAUCUGCCGCGUACAUAA